GUUGACAUUAACGUCCAUCUCCGCUAAACUUUGUCAAAGCACCCCGCCCCCGACACUUAGCUCACCUAAAAACAUUGCAAAAAUUGACGUUUAACUAUAAGAAACGCUGCAUUGGUCAUCGCGGAUUGCGCUUCAAUAUUCACAUUCAGACCAAUCAAAGUUACAAAAGCACGGAAGAAAAACAAAUGAAAAUGAAGGUAAUCGCUACGUGAGUUCGUGAAAUAAAUAGUGCCAGUGCUAACUAAGAUAAACUGUGUAUGUUUGUUGGAUCUACCUGCCUCGAGUUGAUAAACGCAAGAAACCAGCGAACGAAUUACUAAUCGACAUUCAACUAGCACAAAUAAAUGUCCCCACUCAAAAAAAAACAUGCGAAUGCCGUCACCCCGCCGGCAAAGAAGCGGAAGAGCGACGCAAUGCUGUCGGGGCACACGCCAGCUUCGCCUGCUUCAUCGUCAUCAACUUCUACGAGUGCUAGUCAUAAUGGCUCACCCUCGACCGCAAGUUCGAGUCCUAGCACCCAAACAGAUGAUAAAAAUGGAAAAUCGGCUGGCCCUCCCCCACUGCUGCACUCAAAGUUGCCGGAACUUUUUGUUGCACUACUAGAAGCCCGAGCAGAGUUUCUCAAACACAGAACCUUAGACGAUUCUGAACAUCAAGGAACUCCUACUACGGAUGGAAAGGAAAAACUGGCUGAGCUCACGCGGGCUUGGGUUUCGGAGCUGCGGGCUCUCGUCCCUCCAGCUUAUCAAGUGGCGCAGGUCCCAUUCCCAGAGCAUUGUAAAUCAUUUCUGACGGCACUUCAAAUUUUUCGUCUCUUGGCGGUGCACACGCUGCUCGAAACCGUAUGCAUCUGGGAUGCGCGCGCUGGCAGGAAAAUUCGACUUCUCUCGUACCUUAUCUAUCUUGCUAUGUAUAGAUCAGAGAUUGACUCGUCCGAUCGAGUAAGCUGGUUUACUACAUGAUACAGGGAUGCACGCCCCCCCUGUGGAUGGCCCUGCGGUGGCGCUCGCGCGCGCUUUUUCGCUCUGUUUUCCGCAGAUUCUUGGGGUGGAACGUGUCAAAAAUGGGAGCCGGAGGCCCCUUGCGCCUCUCUGCGUGUGCCACUGCGUGUACCCUACAGACGUCCCUCCCCCUGCGUGCCGACCCUAGCAGGGCGAG